AAGUUAGUCUGAAAUAGUCAGUCCUACAAUUCAGUUCACUUUUUGGCCUCAAUUAUGUCUAAAUUUUAGCCUAACACAAAAAUAAAAUUAUAGCCGAAUUUUCCAAAUUACAGUUUUUUUUUCUUUUAACAAAAUUAUCUCUUAAUAAAUUCAACAUGUCUUUAUACCGGUUCUCAUCCAUCCAUCUGCGUAAACCCGUUUUAAGGGGACUAUCCUACCUGACGGACUGCAUGGACCGAACUCACUUGCCGAGUUCGCUUAGUAGCAUGCAACGAAUGCCAUUCAGUAAGUCGGCAGACUCGGAAUCCUCAGACGAUCCAAACAAGGGUGGCUGUGAAGAAAUACUGAAAAAAGAGAAAGAAGAAGCCGCCAAUAAAAAGAAGGACGAAGAAAAGUUACAAUUGCUGGAGAAGCAAUGCUUGGAGGCUCAAAAGAAAGCUUUGGAUCAGGAAAUGCAGUGUGCGGACAAAAAAGAUCAAAAGUUGAUGCAAAGCAUGAUGUCCUGUCUGACAGAGAGCAUGAAAAAGGCUUGCAAAAGAAUUGCCCAAAAGAAAUUCGGGGAAGAAAAAGCACUUGAAGCCCAGUGCUCGGAACUUGCUAAGAAUGAUAAAGUUAAAGGGUUAAUGAGUAAGUGUGAGGCGGACAAUAAGGACGGUGACGCGCAGGCCAAGGAUGGCCAGCCCAAGGAUGGCCAGUCCAAGGAUGCGCAACCAAAGGAUGAUGGAUGCUCUGGACAGAAAGAUCCAAUUGAAGAAAUUUGUUCUUCCUUGAACAAACCCGCUGAAAACACAGAUAAGGCCAAAAAUCGGUUUACAUUGAAAUUGGAAAAGUGCAUCAAGGGCGAAUGGGCCGAUGUUUGUCAGUGUCGAAGUAAGUUUACUAAACAAGAGAAGGAAAAACUUGCGCAAUCUCACAAAUGUCUUGAGGCUGAAUUUAAGAAAGUCUGCAGAAAGAAGGUCUUAAAAGAAAUGUGUGAAGAAUCUGGACAAGGAAAAGAGAACAAACGUGCCAAAAAAGAAGCAGAGAAACCAGAGCAACCGCCAAAAAUGGAUAAAGAAUUAGAAAAACUGAUGAUGAAGGAAAAAAGUGAAGAAGAAGCUAAUAUAAGGCGUGAGGUGCAGGAACUGAAAAAAAAAUGUAUGGAAGAUGCUGAGAAGAAAAAAUGCGCAGAUAUGGCCAAAAAAGAUGCAGAAGAGGCUCAAAAGAAAAAGUGCGCUGAGGCGGCUCAAAAAGAAAAGGAAGCUGCUGAGAAGAAGAAAUGCGCUGAGGCGGCUCAGAAAGAAAAGGAAGCUGCUGAGAAAAAGAAAUGCGCUGAGGCGGCUCAGAAAGAAAAGGAAGCGGCUGAGAAGAAGAAAUGCGCAGAUGCUGCCAAAAAAGAAGCAGAAGCGGCUCAAAAGAAGAAGUGCGCUGAGGCGGCCCAGAAAGAGAAAGAAGCUGCUGAGAAGAAGAAAUGCGCUGAGGCGGCUCAGAAAGAGAAAGAAGCGGCUGAGAAAAAGAAAUGCGCAGAUGCCGCUAAAAAGGAAAAGGAAGCGGCUGAAAAGAAAAAGUGCGCUGAUGCUGCCAAAAAAGAAGCAGAAGCGGCUCAAAAGAAAAAGUGCGCUGAGGCGGCUCAAAAAGAAAAGGAAGCGGCUGAGAAGAAAAAAUGCGCAGAUGCCGCUAAAAAGGAGAAGGAAGCGGCUGAAAAAAAGAAGUGCGCUGAUGCUGCCAAAAAAGAAGCAGAAGCGGCUCAAAAGAAGAAGUGCGCUGAGGCGGCCCAGAAAGAGAAAGAAGCUGCUGAGAAGAAGAAAUGCGCUGAGGCGGCUCAGAAAGAGAAAGAAGCGGCUGAGAAAAAGAAAUGCGCAGAUGCCGCUAAAAAGGAAAAGGAAGCGGCUGAAAAGAAAAAGUGCGCUGAUGCUGCCAAAAAAGAAGCAGAAGCGGCUCAAAAGAAAAAGUGCGCUGAGGCUGCCCAGAAAGAGAAGGAAGCAGCUGAAAAGAAAAAAUGCGCAGAUGCCGCUAAAAAGGAAAAGGAAGCGGCUGAAAAGAAAAAGUGCGCUGAGGCGGCUCAGAAAGAAAAGGAAGCGGCUGAGAAGAAGAAAUGCGCAGAGGCUGCUCAAAAGGAGAAGGAAGCGGCUGAGAAAAAGAAAUGCGCUGAUGCUGCUAAAAAAGAAGCAGAAGCGGCUCAAAAGAAAAAGUGCGCUGAGGCGGCCCAGAAAGAGAAAGAAGCUGCUGAGAAAAAGAAAUGCGCCGAGGCGGCUCAGAAAGAAAAGGAAGCGGCCGAAAAGAAAAAGUGCGCUGAUGCUGCCAAAAAAGAAGCAGAGGCGGCUCAAAAGAAAAAGUGCGCUGAGGCGGCUCAGAAAGAGAAAGAAGCUGCUGAGAAGAAGAAAUGCGCUGAGGCGGCUCAGAAAGAGAAAGAAGCGGCUGAGAAAAAGAAAUGCGCAGAUGCCGCUAAAAAGGAAAAGGAAGCGGCUGAAAAGAAAAAGUGCGCUGAUGCUGCCAAAAAAGAAGCAGAGGCGGCUCAAAAGAAAAAGUGCGCUGAGGCGGCUCAGAAAGAGAAAGAAGCUGCUGAGAAGAAGAAAUGCGCUGAGGCAGCUCAGAAAGAAAAGGAGGCGGCUGAGAAAAAGAAAUGCGCUGAUGCUGCUAAAAAAGAAGCGGAAGAGGCUCAAAAGAAGAAGUGCGCUGAAGCGGCUCAGAAAGAGAAAGAAGCUGCUGAGAAGAAGAAAUGCGCUGAGGCAGCUCAGAAAGAAAAGGAAGCUGCUGAGAAAAAGAAAUGCGCUGAUGCUGCUAAAAAAGAAGCAGAAGCAGCUCAAAAGAAAAAGUGCGCUGAGGCGGCUCAGAAAGAGAAAGAAGCUGCUGAAAAGAAGAAAUGCGCUGAGGCAGCUCAGAAAGAAAAGGAAGCGGCUGAGAAAAAGAAAUGCGCAGAAGCUGCUAAAAAAGAGCAAGAGGCAGCUCUGAAGAAGAAAUGUGCUGAUGCUGCUAAAAAAGAGGCUGAGGCGGCUCAAAAGAAAAAGUGCGCUGAAGCGGCUCAGAAAGAAAAGGAAGCGGCUGAGAAGAAGAAAUGCGCUGAUGCUGCUAAAAAAGAAGCAGAAGAGGCUCAAAAGAAAAAGUGCGCUGAGGCGGCUCAGAAAGAGAAAGAAGCUGCUGAGAAGAAGAAAUGCGCUGAGGCAGCUCAGAAAGAAAAGGAGGCGGCUGAGAAGAAGAAAUGCGCUGAUGCUGCUAAAAAAGAAGCGGAAGAGGCUCAAAAGAAAAAGUGCGCUGAGGCGGCUCAGAAAGAGAAAGAAGCGGCUGAGAAGAAGAAAUGCGCCGAGGCUGCUCAGAAAGAAAAGGAGGCGGCUGAGAAAAAGAAAUGCGCUGAUGCUGCUAAAAAAGAAGCGGAAGAGGCUCAAAAGAAAAAGUGCGCUGAGGCGGCUCAGAAAGAGAAAGAAGCUGCUGAAAAGAAGAAAUGCGCUGAGGCGGCUCAGAAAGAAAAGGAAGCGGCUGAGAAGAAGAAAUGCGCUGAGGCGGCUCAAAAGGAGAAGGAAGCGGCUGAGAAGAAGAAAUGCGCUGAUGCUGCUAAAAAAGAAGCAGAAGAGGCUCAAAAGAAAAAGUGCGCUGAGGCGGCUCAGAAAGAGAAAGAAGCUGCUGAAAAGAAGAAAUGCGCUGAGGCGGCUCAGAAAGAAAAGGAAGCCGCUGAGAAAAAGAAGUGCGCAGAUGCCGCUAAAAAGGAGAAGGAAGCGGCUGAAAAGAAGAAGUGCGCAGAUGCCGCUAAAAAGGAGAAGGAAGCGGCUGAAAAGAAGAAGUGCGCAGAUGCCGCUAAAAAGGAGAAGGAAGCGGCUGAAAAGAAGAAGUGCGCAGAUGCCGCUAAAAAGGAGAAGGAAGCGGCUGAAAAGAAGAAGUGCGCAGAUGCCGCUAAAAAGGAGAAGGAAGCGGCUGAAAAGAAGAAAUGCGCAGAUGCUGCUAAAAAAGAGAAAGAAGCUGCUGAAAAGAAAAAGUGUGAAUCCCAAAAGAAUGGAAAAGAAGAAGCUCUUAAGAAUACGUGUAAAGAGGCUGCUUUAAAAAACAAAAAAAAGAUGGAAGAUCUUAAAAAGAAACGUAACCAAGAAGCUCUUAAGAAAAAGUGCAAAGAGGACGCUCAAAAGAAAAAAGAGGCAGCACAGAAGAAAAAGUGUGCAGAGGCAGCUAAAAAAGAGAAAGAAGCUGCUGAGAAGAAAAAGUGUGCAGAUGCGGCUAAAAAAGAAAAAGAAGUCGCUCAAAAGAAAAAGUGCCAAGAACUUGAGAAAAAGGCGAAAGAGGAAGCUCUUAGAAAAAGGUGCGAAAUGAAAAAAAUUAAAGACGCCGCUGAAAAGAAGAAACAAGAAGAAGAGGCACUAAAGAAAAAGUGCGAAGAGGAAGCUCAACAGAAAAAAUGCCAAGAACUUAAGAAAAAGGAGGAAGAGGACGCUCUCAGAAAAAGGUGCGAAAUGAAAAAAAUUAAAGACGCCGCUGAAAAGAAGAAACAAGAAGAGGAGGCUCAAAAGAAAAAGUGCGAAGAGGAAGCUCUACAGAAAAAGUGCCAAGAACUUAAGAAAAAGGCGGAAGAGGACGCUCUUAGGAAAAGGUGCCAAAUGAAAAAAAUUCAAGACGCCGCAGAAAAGAAGAAACAAGAAGAGGAGGCUCAAAAGAAAAAGUGCGAAGAGGAAGCUCUACAGAAAAAGUGCCAAGAACUUAAGAAAAAGGCGGAAGAGGACUCUCUUAGGAAAAGGUGCCAAAUGAAAAAAAUUCAAGACGCCGCAGAAAAGAAGAAACAAGAAGAGGAGGCUCAAAAGAAAAAGUGCGAAGAGGAAGCUAUAAAGAAAAAGGAAGAGGCUCUUAAAAAGAAAUGCGAAGAGGAAGAACAAAAGAAAAAGUGCCAAGAACUUGAGAAAAAGGCGAAAGAGGACGCUCUCAGAAAAAGGUGUGAAAUGAAAAAACUUCAAGACGCCGCUGAAAAGAAGAAACAAGAAGACGAGGCUCAAAAGAAAAGGUGCGAAGAGGAAGCUCUUAAGAAAAAAGAAGAGGCUCUAAAAAAUAAAUGCGAAGCGGAAGCUCAGCAGAAAAAGUGCCAAGAACUUAAGAAAAAGGCGGAAGAGGACGCUCUCAGAAAAAGGUGUGAAAUGAAAAAAAUUCAAGAUGCCGCUGAUAAGAAGAAACAAGAAGAAGAGGCUCUAAAAAAGAAAUGCGAAGAGGAAGCUCAGCAGAAAAAGUGCCAAGAACUCAAGAAAAAGGAGGAAGAGGACGCUCUCAGAAAAAGGUGCGAAAUGAAAAAAAUUCAAGAUGCCGCUGAUAAGAAGAAACAAGAAGAGGCUCUAAAAAAGAAAUGCGAAGAGGAAGCUCAGCAGAAAAAGUGCCAAGAACUUAAGAAAAAGGAGGAAGAGGACGCUCUCAGAAAAAGGUGCGAAAUGAAAAAAACUCAAGAUGCCGCUGAAAAGAAAAAACAAGAAGAGGAGGCUCAAAAGAAAAAGUGCGAAGAGGAAGCUCUAAAGAAAAAGGAAGAGGCUCUAAAAAAGAAAUGCGAAGAGGAAGCUCUACGAAAAAAGUGUCAAGAACUUAAAAAAAAAGUGGAAGAGAUGGCUGUCAAGGAAAAGUGCACAAUGAAAAAAAAGCAAGAAACCUCUGGAGAGAAACAAAAAGAUGCUCAGAUUAGAGAGGAAAUAGAGGCUCUAAGGAAAAAAUGCGAACAGGAAGUUUUAGAGCAAAAGUGCCAAGAAUUGAAGAAAAAGAUGGAAGAGAUGGCUUUCAAGGAAGAGUGUGCCAUGAAAAAACCGCAAGACAGUGCUAGUAAUAAUCAAAAAGAUGCUCAAAUUAAAAAGGAAUCAGAGGCUCUAAAAGAAAAAUGCGAAGCGGAAGCUUUACAGAAAAAGUGCCAAGAACUCAAGAAAAAGGUGGAGGAGAUGGCCCUCAGGAAAAGGUGUGAAUUGAAAAAAAUGCAAGACGCCGCUAAAAACAAGAAACAAGAGGAGAGUCAAAAGAAAAAUUGCGAAGCAGAUGCUCCGAGCACAAAAAAUAAUGAAGCCGAGCCUCUAAACGAGUGCGAGAAUGCGGUUCAGAAGAAGAGCGAGGAAGAGGCUCAAAAACUAAAUCCUACUUCAUUUCGCUCAAUUCUUUACAAAACACUAGAGAAACAAGAAUUUCAGCCCGGUAAUAAGGUGUCUGUCAUUGGUGCUGGGGCCGUGGGCAUGGGUUGUGCCAUUGCCUUGCUUGCCAAGGGUAUCACCAAUAACAUAGCUCUCUACGACUUGAAGAAGGACUUGUGUGCUGCAGAGUGCAUGGACCUGGAACAUGGAUCACUUUUUCUUAAUAAUUGCAAUAUUGACCACUGCACCAGCGUCGAGUGCACCAAAGAUUCGAGAGUGGUAGUUGUAACAGCUGGAGUUCGCUGUAAUCAAAACGAGUCGCGAUUGAAAGUGGCCCAAAAAUCAGCGGGCAUUAUAAAAGAAAUUGUUCCUGAGCUAGUUAAGCAAAGCCCCAAAGGAGUCUUCAUCAUUGUAUCAAACCCAGCAGAUGUAAUGGCCUGGGUAGCCCGUAAAGUAACCAAACUGCCCUAUGAGCGCUGUUUUAGUCCUGGAUGUCACUUGGAUACCGCCCGAUUCCGCAUGUUUAUUGCGCAGCUGGUGCGGGUGUCGACGCGUUCGGUGCAUGGAUUCGUGCUGGGCGAGCAUGGAGAUAGCUCUGUGCCAUUGUGGUCCUCCGUAACCGUGGGAGGUACCCGACUGCAGAAUAUGCUUCCUACCAUUGGCACCGAUAAAGAUCCGAUGCGCUGGUCAAAUGUGCAUGAGAGCGUGGUGGAUUCGGCCUUCAAAGUAAUCGCGGGUAAGGGUUAUACUAAUUGGGCCAUUGGCCUCACCGUUACAGACGUUGUGUCUGCCAUUUUUGAAAACAGCAAUCGAAUCAUGUCAUUGUCAACUAAUGCCCAGGGCAUGUGUGGAAUCGACGAUGAAGUGUUUCUAUCCCUGCCAUGUAUUGUCAACCAGUGUGGACUGUAUGGUGUAAUACAUCCUCAGCUUUCCGGUUGGGAGGAAAGAAGGCUCAAAAGGUCCGCAGACGUAUUGCUGGACGCACAGAAAACAAUUAAACUGUAGCAAAAAAUGAACCGAGCCUUCAGUUAAGUUUAAUAUCCUUAAUAAAUAUAUAGUUUGCUUGGUUUUGGCACAGCUUUAUACCUGCUGCCCAUAAAACCCUUUAAAA